GCUACGCUUUAGAAUGCUUGGACACAGCGCACUGAUCACCGUGCUACUGGGACUCCUUCAGAUUGUGUCCGAAGUACAAUCCGCCCAGGAUAACGUUCAGUGCGGAAGUUUCGAUGAGGAUAACCUGCUAAAGCAAACAAGAUUCGCCUAUCCCACGGAACAGCAGUGGCUGGCCCGGAUCACUUUUACCAAGGGUUUCGAGGGCAAGAUCCGGGAGAAUGGUUGCUUGGGUGUGUUAAUAUCCAAGCGAACGGUGCUGGCCCCAGCUUACUGCUUCGUGCAGUAUAAUGGAAUGGCGGAGGGCUUUUCCGUGCACCUGGGCGUCUAUAACAAGAGCACCCCCAUCAAUGAGCCCUCCUGCGAUCCGGAUGGCUUUUGCGUGCGCCCGGCCCAGGAGAUCAAGCUGGCCGAAGUGGCCAUCCACCCGGAGUACGAUUCCCUGACGCUAAAGAACAGCCUGGCGGUUCUGACCCUUCAGCGGGAAGCGAAGCUCAAUGCGAACGUGAUGCCCAUCUGUAUGCCACCGCCCCACCUGGUCAACCAGACGCUGGUGGCUCAGACAUUCAUAGUGGCUGGGCUACGGACCGCGGAGGACCUUCGACUGAAGGUCUGGGUGAACACACAUAGCCGCUCCUUCUGCCAGUCGAAGGUCAGCUCCCUGGUGACCAGCAGCACCACGGUCUGCGGCUACCAGAACAUGCCGGAGCGCUUCUAUAUGGGGGCACCGCUGGUCGGGAUGCAGGUGAAGAAUCAUGCCACCCAAAACUUCUACCUGGUGGGCCUGAUGAUAGACUGGCGUUGGCACGACAACCGAAUCAUGUCCAGCUUCCUGGCCAUCCGCAACUAUCUGGACUUUAUCUACCAGAAUUCCGACUCACUGAUUGUACGCUCCUGAGCGAAAAAUAAACAAGACAUAGAGCAGGUGCCAA